ACGAACUUGUUUAAUCGUCGAAUAACUGUACGCUUAUCAAUUGAAAAACGGAAUGUUCCGCAAAAAGUACGGAAAUUUGCGAUUUGUGAUGAAAAUUUAUCGAGAAAGAUCAGAAUAAUUCCAUUAAAAGCGAAUAAUCUUGUUAUCUCUAGCUUAAAACACUGUACAUGAAGUAGAGGAUCGAGGGUGUGAACUCCGUUCGAAAGUCAAGGUCGUCGAAGAAAUUCGUUUUACGGAGGUAAAAUCCACGAUAUAAGUAUUUAUAAAUUACUUAUAUAUUGACAUCGUUUCUGCGAUCAGCGAUGCGUCAACUGCAGCUACUAUACUGCUAUUCCAAAACUUUAAAAAGAGUUUAUUGAAGAAUCACUUAAAAAUUAAGUGAGGAAAAUAACUCAAGUAUGGUAGUCUUUACUUGCAACAACUGCGGUGAUUCGCUGCAGAAGCCAAAAGUUGCCAAGCAUUAUCAGUUUGCAUGUCGUAAUCCUGUAUUUGUUACCUGUGUCGAUUGUUUUAAGGAUUUCCGUGGAGAUGAGUAUGUUGCACAUACAAAAUGUAUCACAGAAAACCAAAGGUACGGUGGUAAGGACUACGUACAAAAGCCAAGUGCAAAUAAGGGUGAAUUAAAGCAACAGGCUUGGCUAAAUGUAGUACAGAAUGUACUAGCUAACUCCACAAAUUUGACAGUGCCUGAAAGAAACCUUCUAAAUUCCAUAUCAAGGCAUGAAAACAUUCCUAGGAAAAAGGCAAAAUUCUUCAAUUUUAUUAAAAGCAUGUCUGGUAAUAAAGCUAACAUGACAAUAGUCGACAGUGUUUGGGAAAAAAUGGAAAAAGCUUUCAAAGAAGUUACAGCUGGAAAUAAUGCAAAUACAGAAAAUAAUGAAAAACAAAAUGUGAGUACAGAAGAAAAUCAAAACAACUCAAAUAUCAUUAGAGAAAAUGAUACAGUAGAUGAUAAAAAUGACACAAAUGAAGGUGAAAAUAAAGACAGUUGCAAAAAGAAGAAGAAGUCAAAGAAGAGGCAGCACGAAGAUGAUAAAAACGAAAACGGUGAGCCCGCCGCCAAGAAACAAAAUGACACUAACGUAACUGAUGCAGUCGAGGAAGAGACGAACGCCGAGAAUGGUGUUAGCAAAUUCAGUUGGAAAAAUACGAUUUUAGAAAUCGUAACCACUAAAGGUGAAGUCUCGCUGAAAAAAUUAAGAAAAAAAGUGGUAGCUCAAUAUCUUGCAAGUUUCCCUAAUGGUACGACUGAAAAAGCAACAUCAAAAUUCGAGAAGAAACUUGGAAAAGUUUCAGACAUUGUGAUUAAUGAAGACAAAGUUACAUUAGCAUCGUCCUAAUUAUGCUACGUAGUAUAGAAUUUGUUGUAAGAUAUGCAUUUUAAGUAAAUAAAACGAUUUUUUAAGAUUUAUGCUGAA